CAAAUUAUUUUAUUUUUCUUCCAGGUAUGAAGUGAAGUUUCAGCAGGCAAUGGAAUGUGGUGGUGCUUAUGUCAAACUUCUUUCUCAUCAAGAUUCUCUUGACCUGAAAUCUUUCCAUGACAAAAGUCCUUAUACUAUUAUGUUUGGACCUGACAAAUGUGGUGAAGACAAAAAGCUUCACUUCAUUUUUAGACACAAAAACCCAAAGACUGGUGAAUAUGAGGAGAAACAUGCAAAGAAGCCAACUGGCAAUUUCCAGAGUGUAUUUGAUGGCAAAAAGACUCAUUUAUUCACUUUGGUAGUUCGACCUGACAAUUCAUUUGAAGUAUUUGUGGACCAAGAGAGUGUCAAUUCAGGCAACUUGUUGGAAGAUUUCACUCCGGCUGUCAAUCCCCCUAAGGAGAUUGAUGACCCGCAUGAUAAAAAACCAGAGGACUGGGAUGAGAGGGAAAAGAUUCCCGACCCUGAUGCAGAGAAGCCUGAAGACUGGGAUGAGGAUGCUCCUGCUAAAAUUCCUGACCCUGAUGCAAAGAAACCUGAAGACUGGUUGGAUGACGAGCCAGAGUAUGUUCCGGAUCCAAAUGGCGUCAAACCUGAUGACUGGGAUGAAGAGGAAGAUGGAGAGUGGGAAGCACCACAAGUUGCAAACCCGAAAUGUGAGAAGGCUGGUUGUGGAGAGUGGAAGCCUCCUGUCAUAGAUAAUCCUGCUUACAAGGGCAAAUGGUCAGCACCACUGAUUGAUAACCCCAGCUACAAGGGUAUUUGGAAGCCAAGAAAAAUUGAAAAUCCAGAUUACUUUGAGGAUAAGGAACCUUUCAAGAUGACAUCCAUUGCUGCUGUUGGUUUGGAGCUCUGGUCCAUGACCCCAGAUAUACUGUUUGAUAAUUUUAUCAUCACUAAUGACAAAUAUGUUGCUGACAAAUGGGCUUCAGACAGCUGGGUGAAGAAAAAUGUCAAAGAAACCUAUGGAGGAGAUGAGGAGGGUGGAGUAGUUAGGAACUUGCUGGACGCAACAAACGAGCGACCAUGGCUGUGGGUGCUGUUUGUCAUCGUUGUUAUUUUGCCAUUUGUUUUAAUUGCUGCUUGCUGUUUCCCUGGAAGCAAGAGUGAUGCUGCCAAGAAGAAGAAGACUGAUGAACCAACCGAAGAUGUUGUUCCUGAAGAAGACAAGACUGAAACACCAACACAAGAAGGAGAAGAAGAAGAAGAAACACCUGAAGCGGGUGAUGAAAAGGCUGAAGAGAAAAAUGAAGAUGAGGAAAAGGAGGCCGAGGGAAAUGAAGAAGAAGAAGAAGAAGAAGAAGCUGCUGGCAAGGAUGAGGUUGAUGAAGAGGACAGUGGCAGGAUGAAAACAAGACGAAGGACAAGAAAGGAGAACUAACAUUCGUCACAGCUCAUGCUACAUGGCUCCAGAUCAUCCAAGAAUUAGUUUGGACAUUUUUCAGUUCCCUCCAAGGCUCAAUACUUUGCAAAACUUUUCUGAUUAGCUUCUUUUCCUCUAGUCAUGUACUUAUUAAUUGCUUUAGGCUUAUUGGCAAAUGUUUAGAAAUCAAGAGCCCUUUUAACAACUACCACAAUUGUGUAAAGUCAUCAACUCAUAAACUGCUAUAACUUAACCUCAGAACCUUGAUUUUAACUUAUUUCAGAGCAGGCUUGAAAAUCAUGAGACUGAUGUCUUAUAAUAUAAUGUGCUUGAUGUGAUUUUGUCUGAUAUCGUUUACUAUAAUUAUCAGACAAAGUUCUGUCACUUUCCUUACAGGAUAAAAUGCCGAUUUUACAUAAUUUGUUUAUCCAGAACCAGAUCUUUCAAUUGAUGACCACUGGUUUGCCCAGUUGUUGUCACUAAAAAGGAAAAACAGCAUUUCAGUGGUAACUUAUGUUUUUUUAACUUAAUAUUAGGUACUAAGCUAAUUCGCAGUAGUUUUCAGAGGCUUGGGCCCAUCUUUCAAUAAAAAGAUUAAUAUAGAAAAAGGACAGGAAAGGAAAAAUGGAGUCAUUGUCAACCUAUUCAAGCCUCAAAUGUGCAAGUUAAAUUAACUGAGGUACACCAGGGCAAUUGCAGAGUAACGUAACCAAGGGAUUGAGACUUGAAGGCAUAAUGAGUUGUGGUGUGGAAAGCUUUACUGUUCAGUAUUCAAGAAAAAAAUGUCAACCCCUUUGAGGUCCUUAACUAGGUAACUAAGGUUAUAAAGCCCUGAGUUGUGUCUGGGCUUUCAGCUGCUUGAACUGGAGCUUAGAUGCAUUAUGAACAGUAGUGCUGGAAGGGCUGGGAUCAAACCCUCAAUAUUUUCCAUCUUGCUUUGGCCCACAGGACUUUGCACUCUUUGAUCCCUGAAAAAUGUUGGGAGAUGACUGAAAGUUGAAGUAAUCAUCAAACAUUUUUGCGUGAUUCCAUUACUUCCGGACAAUUAGGUGAGAUCACUGGGCACCCCAAAGUAAUGUUCUGAUAUUGCCAAACAGCACCUAUCCUAAAAGAAUUUGAACAUUUCCCCACAAUGGCAAUAAGUGACUGAGUACAAGUGUAUUACUGGGGUGCAACCGGCUGAUUUACUUACCCAAAAGUUGUUUCACUAGCUAGGGCCACAAAAUUUCGUGUCUUACAGAAGUUCUGUAAUUUGAAUUUCAUAAAAAUAAUUUUCGUAAGAAACUUCACAGGCCUGUUGGGCAAGUGGAGGACAGAAUUCACUAGCUCCAAGCUAUUGGACACUGUUUUAUUUACAGGUUGACCAUCAGUGCUUUUACUACGGUACUUCUUGUUUUGUCUUAGGUUUAUUUACGAAAUUGCUUGCUUUGGAUCUUUGUCAAGCUCUGUCGUAAAUUUUGCACGUAGGUUAUCCAAUAAUACUAGUGGAAUAAGUUAUAUUAUAAUUGUGUGUCAUUCCAUCCUUUCCUUUUUAGUGAACAUCUUUUAUAUUUAAUUUACAGUUUUUGGGGCUAUUGGAAUUUGUUUGUAGCAACAGGAGGUUGCCAUUUUAAUAAAACUUUUGAAUGUCUAAGUA